UCAAAAUGACAGCAAUAACAAUUGUGUGUGCUGGCAAGAAGUAAACGAAACGUCUUUAAAAUUUUACAAAUUUAUUUUAUUGUUGAAAAUCAUAUUUUUUAAAAGUGUACACAAUGUCCUGGCUCAAUUUGAAUGACAGUUUAAAUAGUCUCAAGGGGCAGUUAUCAAACUUUGCCAAUAAUGUUUUGGCUGACGACGAUCCUAGUAAAGAUGGUGAUACUUCACAAAGUGAUUUAGAAAAAAUACAGGAAAUCUGCAGUCAGCAACAGGAAGAAAUAAAUUACCUCAAAAAAGUAAAUGCGGAGCUUCGUCAAGGGGACAGUGCAGCUGUGUUCCCUCAAAAUGACGCCAAUCAAACGAGUGAAAAUUGGUCCUGGGAAGUGUCCGACGCCGACAACCCAGAAUCGGAAAAAUCGAAAACGCAAAAAAUUAUUGCCGACCUGAAAAAAACCAUCAGCGAUCUCGAAAACGAAAAACAAGAGCUUGUAUCUAGUUUAGACUUACUGGACUCCGAACACCAGUUAAACACUGAAAAAUUAAUUAAUCUGAAAGAUAAACUACAAGAAAAUUAUAACGAGCUUGAAGAUAAAUACAUCGCUUUGAAAAAGAACAACGAAUCGUUAGUCGAAAGUCGAAAACAAAUAAAAAAUCAGUUGGAUGAUUUAAAAUCGAAACAUGAGAAGAGUGUUCCUACUGAAGAAUCGGCGUGUAAUAAAUGUGAGAGUUUACUAAAAGAAAAUCAAAAGUAUGUUUCCGAUUUGGAAACUUUAAGAAACGAAAUUGCCGUCUUAAAGAGCAACAAUGCCACCUUGCAAAAAGUCUUAGACGACAGUAAAAGUGCAAACGAUGAACAGCUUACGAAAUUAGAAGAAAACCUAAAACUGUGCGAAUCGGAGAACAAAAUUUUGGUGAUGGAAUUGAAGAAAGCAACACAAUCGAUGGCCGAGUUUGAAAGAAAGAGCGAAAUUGAUAAAGAAAAUUUCAAAAAAUUGGCGAACAUCCUUGAAGGUUACGAACAACAAGUUAGUUCUUUGAAAGACCAGUUGAGCAAAAAAGAAACCACUGAAGAUACUGAAAAGGUGAAAAGUGAACUCGAAGAGGAGUUAAAGCGAGUGAUUUUAGCAAAAGAACAAACGCACACGAAAUACGUCAAUAUUUUGACCGAAAAUAUGAAAAAAUACGCCGAUUGUGAUAAACCAUUGCAAGAAGUGUCGAAUUCUGCCAGUGAUGACGAUCCUCAAGUUUCCGAAUUUAGUCAUCAAGUUGAGAGUAUUUUGAAUAUUUUAUUGGACCUCAAGUGCAAAUGUGAUAAUUUGGAGAAGGAAUUGUUUAAUGUUACGCAAGAAAAGACAAACAUGUUAUCUGAGAAAAACCACGAAAUCGAGAAAUUGAUGCAAAACUCUGAAAUUUUGAGUCAGGAAGUUAUCAGAAAGUCGCAGACUAUUAAAGAUUACGAGAGCGAGUGUAGCGAGUUGCUCAAAAACAACGAUAUGUUGAUAAACGAACUGGAAAUGUACAAAAACAGUUCGGGUCUUCAGACAAUUUCCGAAUCGAAUGAAGAUAAUAUUUUGUUGUUGGAGUCACAACUUGAGAACGCCAAUAAGAAAAUUGAAGAGUUGGAGAAGAUUAUCUCCGAUAUGGAGAAGGCCGAGGAACCAUCUGAAGAGACAGAGGAGGGGAAAGUCACCAAAGCGAGUUAUGAAGAGUUGUUGAGGGAUUAUGACGAACUGAAGAAAACUAAUAACCUGUUGAAGAACGAACUUGAAACGCUUCAACAAUCCAACAUUUCGAUCAACGACGAAAAUCAGAAGCUUAAUUCCAUGUUUGAAAAAGUCAAGUCCGAUUUGGAAAACGCAGAAUAUCAGUAUAUCGAAAUGAACGUGAAUACCGAAUCGUUAAGGGAAGAAAUCGACAGUUAUAAGAAGAAAAAUGAAGAAUUGAUUGAGCAAAAGUUGAGUUUGGAAAAGCAAAACGUGGAAUAUGAACGAAAUAACGAAGAUAUUCGGAGUGAAUUUAAUGUAAUCAAAGAAAAAUUCCUGCUUGAAGAAGACGCAAGGAAACAACUUGAAAGCCAAGUCAGAAGUUUGACCGAAAAACUCCAAAAUGCAAAAAUGAGCGAGACUAGUCUGAAGCUACAGUAUGACACCGUCAGUAAGGAGUUGCUGGGUUUAAGUGAGGCUAAACAAAUGGCUGAAGCCAAAUUGCAAAAUUGUCUUGAGAAUUUUAACCAAUGCCAAAGUGAUUUGGUUAAAUAUCAGGAGGAGAUUGAGAAGUUGAAGAAGGAACAUAAAGAGGAUCCUACUUUUGAAGAAGUGAAUAUUGAGAAUAAUUCAACUUUGCUUGAAAAGACUAAUUUGGAGCUUGAAGAAAAAUUGUCUUCUAUCUCUGAGGAACACUCAAAUUGCCGUCAAAAUAUUGCCGAGUUGGAGCAAAAAAUCGAGGAAUUAAGUGCCACAAAAAACGAACUCACCAACGUCAUCAUAACCAAACACCAGGAAAACGUAACAUACCACAAUGAAAUUCAACGCCUCUCCCAAGUAUUAACCACCGAAAUGGACAAGAAUCGCAACUUGGAAGCGCUACUCCAAAGCCUCAACAGUACGGAAAAUCAGAAGCAAAAUGAAGAAAUUGAGAAACUAACCGAUCAAAACAACUUCCUGCGACAGAAAUGCGAAGUUCUUGCUGAAAAUUUGCUCCAGGAACAAAGCAAAGUCCAGCAGAUGUUAGCAGAACAGAACAGUCCGUCAGAGAGGGAACAGGGCUUGGCUAAGAAGCUGGAACGUCUUCAGAGUCAUUUGAUCGAAGUUGAAGAGCACUACACUCAGGAGCUGCUCAGAGCUGAGGAGAGGAACACUGAGCUGCAAGCGAAAGUUAACGAGAUUGAGCAAAGGGAGAAGAAUUCGAGUACGAUGUACACUUCGGUUAGUAUCAGGGCGAAUCAACACGUGGAGACGUUGCAACAUCAACUUCAGUUGAUAACCAAUCAGAGGGAUGAGUUGAGGAGGAAGAUUUCCGAUGCUGAGGACCAUGCGAGUAAACAGGAGGCAGCGUUGGCUAACUUGCAGUUUGUUUUAGAGCAGUUUCAGAAAGAAAAAGAAAACGACGUUGAGAAAGAAACGGAGAGGAUUAGGCGGCAAAUUCAGGCCGAAAAACGCGUCCAAGACGAUUUGAGGGGAGAGAUAUCCAAUCUUCAGUCGCAGUUAGAGGAGAGUAAGCAGGGGCUUUUGGCUGCUUCUCGAAUCAGUGACCAAUUAGAGCAGUCAAAACAUUUGAUCAGCAAUCUAAAAUCGGAAGUUUCACAGCUGAAGGAGAAAUUGCAAAAAAGUGAGGACCAGAUUAAAGCCCUCUCUAGCCAAACCGACGGUAAAGUCGACAAAUCCCUAAUCAAAAACCUGGUCAUAGGUUUUGUGUCAACAAAUAACAACUUGACGAAAGACCAAACUCAAAUUCUCAAAAUUAUCGCAACAGUUCUGGACUUCAGUCAGCAAGACCACGAUAAACUCAACCUGAAUAAGCCACAACAGGGGUGGUUAAGUUCACUUUUGGCCCCGCAAACAUCGCAAGGGAUGACCCAGGAAUCAUUGUCUCAAGCGUUCGUUAAAUUUUUAGAAAACGAAUCAAAACCGAGACUGGUUCCAAGUUUGUUAAGCAACAAUGGGGAAGCGCCAAAAUCGCGAAAAAACAGUGUUACAGUUCCUAGGCAGUCGCCGAGCAUUUUGUCCGAGGUGGUGUUGCCCACGUUCGCGGAUUUCGCCCAAAACAGGAAUUCCAGUUCGAUUUUAAAAGAUGUGUUGAAGGAUAAUAGUUAAUAAUUUGGUUUAUUUGUUAUUGUUUUGUUGGUUGUAUUGAAUUUAUCAAAUUUUGUAAGUAUACCUGCUGUGCAAAUAUUGUUACAUAUUUAUAUUUAUAAAAUAAAAGCUUGUAUAAAAUU